AUGAAUGCAGACUGGCAGUUAAUAUGUAACUCACUGAAACCAAAAUACUCUUUCAUGAAGUCCCACAUGGAAGCCACUGUUCCAGGACCUUUACAUUUCCAAAGGAUGCAUACAGGAUAUUGUGGAGCAUCGUUCUUGAAGAAAAAUCAAAUAAACCCUACAUGCAACAGUUCUGCAGCAGGUAACCCACACCAGUUACAACAGAAGUCUUGGAGAUUGGCAGAAGUGCUGAGUGCAAUGGAAGGCAUCCUCCUUUUUGUUGCUACUACUGAGGCUAUGAUGGGAGUUUUAUGGAGCUCAUUUAUUGCACUUGUAAACUGUACAGACUGGAUCAGGAGUAAGAAGCUCUCUAAAAUUGACUUUAUUCUCACUGGCUUGGCAUUCUCCAGGAUCUUUACCACAUGGUUAAUAACUUUAGAUGCAUACUCAAAGGUUUUCUUUUAGAAUAUGUUUGUGUCUAGUGAUCUAAGUAAAUGCAUAUAUUACAUAUGGGUAAUUAUUAUCUACCUGAAUAUCUGGCUUUCCACCAGUCUCAGCAUCUUCUGUCGCCUGAAAAUAGCAAAUUUUUCCCACUCCAUUUUCUGGUUAAAGAGGAGAACUGAUAGUUUUGCCUUUCUAAUGGGAUGCUUAAUUAUAAUGUGGCUAACUUCUUUUCCACUAGCUGCAAAGGUGAUUAAAGAUGUUAAAAUGAACAACACAUCCUGGCUGGUCCACCUGGAGAAAAACGAGUUACUUAUAAGCUAUGUUUUUGCCAAUUUGGGAGUCGUUUCCCUCUUUGUAAUGGCCCUGACUGCAUGUUUCCUGUUAAUUAUUUCCCUUUGGAGACACACCAGGCAGAUGCAAUCACAUGACUCCAGAUUCAGGGACCUCAACAGAGAAGCUCAUGUGAAAGCCAUGAAAGUUUUAAUUUCAUUUAUCAUACUCUUUAUCUUACAUUUUAUGGGUAUUUUUAUAGAAGCGUUGUGCUUGUUUCUCACAGAAAACAAACUUCUGUUUAUUUUUGGUUUCACAAUGGCAUCCAUGUAUCCCUGCUGCUACUCGUUUAUUCUAAUUCUAACAAACAGCCAGCUGAAGCAAGCCUUGAUGAGGGUACUGAAGAGAUUAAAGUGCUGUGAGACUUAA